AUGCAUCGAUAUGAGCCAUAUCCACCUAGCCCACAUCAUCCCAUUGUGUCCUCAAUAUCCGCCUCAUACUGCAGAAAGGAUCAAGGACCAUCAAACAUAUCUCACCCACCACCACCACCUCCAUACACUACUAAGCCACUCGCACCUUAUCCUCCUAUACCCGAACCUCAUAUCACUUCUAAACUCGCUCAAUCCCACUCUCAAUCUCAAGCACAGCAUUCGCGUUCGCAAUCACACUCACACUCACAAGCACAAUCAGGAUGGAAAAUCGUAUCAAACAGAACCGAGUCCAUAUGCCAAUGGCAGGGAUGUAUUGAGGUAUUCAGGAGUAGAGAUGAAUGUGAGAGGCAUGUACUGGUAGGACAUAUGGGAGCGUUCUCAGCUAGGUGUCCAUUUGACUGUCUAUUCGAAGGACCUUCGUUCCCUUCAUUGAUGGCUCACAUAUCCCGACGGCAUCCCAAGGCUACUCCAGAUGACUUCAUACCAGGUUUAAUUCAUUAUCAACCUACUCUCCCACCUCUAUCCCGCUUACCUCAGCUACCAUGUCUCACCCAGCCUCACGGCUACCAGGCAUUCGAGCCCAUCUUACCUUUCAGGGGAGGUGUGGGGAGUAGGAACCGGAAGAUGGUUCAGCGGAAUUGCUUUAAAGGGAGAUACCCCCGCGUGGAGGCAUAUGAAGAUAAGAGAGGUGCAGGAGCGGCUAUACAGGCUAUCAUCGAGAAUUCGAAAAGGUUAAAAUACCUUCCACCCAAACCGGCAGUAAGUUUUAAGGUUGGAGGUGAGAGAGAAGAUGAAGAAGAAGAAGAAGAAGAAGAAGAAGAGGAAGAGGAACUUGGGACGGCAAGGACAAUGGUGCAGUUGGUGGAUGUUAUAGGAUCGGCCAAGUUGGCGAGUGAACAGGCUAAGAAGGAGUUUAGCGAUGGUAUUGAUUAUUCAGCUUCCAGUGAUUCCUCAACGGCAUCGCGUCGAUCUUCUUCUGCUGUGUCGGAUAGUACAUCAUCUGAUAAAGCAGAGUACGACACUGAACAGGAUAUGGUGAAUCCACAGAUGAAGGUGAAGAGAAGUCAGAGACUUAGAUUGAAGAUUGCUAGAAGGGAUUCGGACAGUUCGUUCGGCAACAGUUUGUAUAGCGAGGAGUGCUAG